GGAGGAUAAACGCAGGCGCACCGCUAGGAGCACCCUGAAACAGAGACUUCUAGAAGCCGCAUCGUGCAGUCAGGCAGUCGCCGGCAAAAUCGCGCAAGACCCACAGCUGCUCAGAGCAGUCAGCGUUCAACAGUUAUAAAGUUUAUUAAUAUUUUUUUCUGUUCAUAAUCGGAGAUGGCUAAAUGGGGAGAAGGCGACCCUCGCUGGAUUGUGGAGGAGCGAGCCGAUGCGACGAACGUCAACAACUGGCACUGGACGGAAAGAGAUGCAACAAACUGGUCUUCUGAUAAACUGAAGUCUCUGCUGCUCGGGUUGAGUGUGGAGAACGAAGAGGGCAUGUGUGAGGUGACAGAAGUCAGCAAGGUAGAAGGAGAGGCCUCGAUUAACAACCGCAAAGGGAAACUUAUUUUCUUUUAUGAAUGGAACCUGAAAGCCACUUGGACCGGAGAAUCAAAAGCAGGAGUGAAAUAUAAAGGAGCGAUUGAAGUUCCAAACUUGUCCGAUGAAAAUGGCACAGAGGACCUCGAUAUUUCUGUAACGUUAAACAAAGACGAACCCGACACGCCACUGAUCAACCUGAUGAAGGCUGAGGGAGCUGAGAAGAUCCGUGAAGUGCUGGGAAGUUAUGUUGGUCUUUUGAAAACAGAGUUCACACAAGGGAUGAUCCUGCCGACAGCAAACGGUGUGGCCAGUCCGCAACCAACCUCAGAGCCCAAAGCCAAACAGGAUAAAAGUCAGAUUAUCUCCACGAGCAGCACAGCUCCGCCCAUCAACACAGGUGUGAAGAUCCCCACCUGUAAAGUCACCCUGAAAGACACGUUCCUCACCUCACCAGCUGAGCUGUACAGAGUCUUUCUCAAGCAGGAGAUGGUUCAGGCGUUCACGCGCUGUCCUGCCACAGUGGAGGGGGAGAGGGGCGGAAAGUUUCGGCUGCUAGAAGGAAACGUCUUUGGAGAAUUCGUAGAACUGGUUCCUGAUGAGAAAAUAGUCAUGAAGUGGAGGUUUAACAACUGGCCUUGUGAGCAUUACGCAACCAUCACGCUGACGUUCUCGGACCUGCACAACGAGACGGAGCUGAAGGUGGAGUGCCGAGGCGUCCCAGACAGUGAAGAGGACCAGACGAAAGAAGGCUGGAAGAGAUACUACUUCCAGGCUAUUAAACAGACCUUUGGCUAUGGAGCGCACAUCUUCUGAAAACAAUGUACUGUAGUACUUCUUGUUUUUUUUUUUUUAAUCUGUUAAACUUCAUUAUUUGACACAAAUCAUUGAGCUGUACUCUUGUAAGAUAAGUUAAUGAAAAAAAGACAAUUCUGUAUGUGUAAAUGUUUAAUUUCUAAACGUAUUUAAAUAAUUUUUCGCCCUCAGUGUUUGACUCGGUUGUUCAAAAGAGCAUGAAGAAAGCGUGCCUUUGAGACACCUGGUGUUAAAUAAAUUAAAAGAAUGUACUCUACCACCUCAAUUGGCAUCCACUUUUAUCAAUAAGGAAUUGCAAGGGGAAAAAAAUUAUAUAUUGACCUCGAUUUUAUGUAAAUAAAACUGCAUUGAAAUGUUUAUUUUGUACUUAUUCUGCUCAUUCAUGAACUGUAGAGAAGACGGCGUCAGCUGAGAUGCAUGUGAUGUUUAAAAUUAGAUCUGAGAGCUGUUGUUAAUUUUAGCUGAAGAUGUAAAGAUUUAUUCGCUUGUGGUCCGAGCCCCGAAAUCGACCAGAAGAGCUCUUCCUGCUGGAACUGGACAUUCAGCCUUGUUUGGUUUUUUUAAUGUAAAUAUUCAGUAAAACGUCGACAGAACAAACUGCAUCUAUUUAUUCUCCAUC